CGCGCGUGGGGAGGAGGGGCUUAGGAGGCUGGCUUUUAAAAAAAAUUUUUAAAUCUUUAAAAUAUAUUUUUUUAAGACUGUUAUUUUUUAUUGGUAGAUCUGCUGGGAUUUGAACCAAGAGCUCCCACACCAUGAAUCAGCGGUGCUACCACCUGAGCCACCCAGCCAGCAAACUUGCAUGGUGUUAUAAUGAGGUGAUGAUCGCCAUACAUGCUGAACCUGGAAGCAUAGUAAAACAUGCCGAGACCGGGGAUUGAACUAAGGUCCCAUGUGUGGUGAACUAACACAGUUACCAACUGCGCCACUCAGCUGGCAUACUUGGUGGAUGUUAUAAUGGAGGUGAUGAUUACACUGCAAGCUGGACCUGGGGAAAACAAUCAAACAAUGAAUGGGGCCUUUAGAUUGCCUGGGCCACUGGGAUUCGAACCAAGAGCUCCCACACCAUGAAUCAGUGGUGCUACCACCUGAGCCACCCAGCCAGGUAAGGCUCAUUGUUAUAAUGGAGGUGAUGAUCACAAUACAUGCCGAACCUGUAAAACUAGCAAAACAAACUUUAUCUGACAUGAGCGGGUAUUGAACUCUGGUCCAAAGGACCAUGGCCCACUGUUGCUACCAAGUGCCCCAUUCUGCUGGCAAGCUAUUUCAAGCUAUAUACAAAACUAUUUCGCUUUGUAUGACCCCCCCCCCCCCCAGCCAGCCACUUGUGUUCAUUACAAUACGAAGACAACAGCGUCACAUGACUUUCGCUUUUAAAUUCCUCGCUUUACUUUGUCGCCAUCCAGCGGAGCAAAGUAGUACUGCAACCGGGGACCACAACAGCAAAAUAAAUGCCUUCAACUGUUUGUGUAUGAGAGCAUUUAUUUUUUGAACCGACGACUUUAUAAUUACAAAAAAAGCAUACAAAAAUAACUAUGAAAUAUUUAUGUUAAAAAUUAAAUAUAAAUAGAAACUCUCAGAUGGGUAUGGCUCAAUGGGUCAUCAGUAUGGACAGAUCCGGAAGACAGUGCAGCUUGUUCUAAAUGGAAGACAGACACAAUGAGACAAUAUGUAUGAAGUCAGAAAAGCAUGUUGGUCUGCAAUGUUAAUGUUAACGUUAAUGCAAGGCCGGCUGUUUUAUUGGCUUUAAGGGCCUGUGGGAAUGUUGCUCUUCUUUUGUGCUGUUAACAUUCCAUCUUGUCAGGUAACACUCGAAAUGUCACAAACACUUUAAACAGUCUUAAAAUAUACAAACUCCUUUAACUCUUUUAGCAGUUUUAGCAGAGGUCCUUACCUUGUCCAUCCUGUCUUUGAGCCACUUGGCUGCAGGACUGAUGCACCACUGCUUCCCACUCUUGGUUACCAUGCUGCAAACAUCGCAGUUAACGAUUCAGCCCCACAUCCACAAGCAGGCGGGAUCUGUGUUUAAUAAUAUGCUUACAGGAAGGCGUGCUGGUUGCAGUCCUCUCGUGGUUUUUGCUCAAAACACCGCUUGAUUCUCAACACCCUCCUGGAGGCGACGCUGCGGCAGCAAGGGUGAGGAGCAACAUCCAACGGCUGACGCAAAGAAGAGCGCUCCACAUCUUCAUCAAAGGACUCUUGACGACUGAUGGAAGCCAGACCUGAGAUGUCCUUAAGUACUGUGACCAGACGUGUAAAAAUAGGAAACAUCUAUCUGUAAUGGAAAAUAUUGACAACUUAGAGGAAGGAGGCUCGGAAGUUGGCACCACCAUUCCCAUAUAUGUCGAUAAGUUUGUGUAUAUUUGUAGCAAAGGGGAAUUCUAGGCCUGCUAAAAAUAAACCUCAUGCAGACCCACAGACUAUUCUUAGUUAUGAUCAUGAAAUUGAACAAGAAACUCCUAAAAAAAAAAGAGGAAAUAAUAAUUAAGGAAGGAAGCAUCCAAAAUGUAAGUGUCCGGGAACAUAACAUGUGACACAACCUUAAAAUUAACUCGUCUUCAAAGCAUCAGUCAAAUUAACGACGUGGGCUUUUAUCAAAUUUAAUUACAUGAGCUUCCUUGUGACGUUCACUGUUUUAAAUACGUCACAGAAGUCAUCGCGAGAUUUGGAAACAGCGCCCCACUGUGGACGCAAGCGGGAAAAGCUACGGGCGGUAAUGAGGAGUACGCCGCUGCUAGCUGUAGCAUCGAACACAAACAAGGACUAAAGCCACUUCCCUUCACCACUGGUUCCACCAAAAGCUCCAAGAGGACUUUGUUUUACGUUAAAUCUCCCUUCAGUUUGCCUCUGCUGUGCCGAAAGGAGCAGCGGGAAGAGGAGAGCCCCGCUAACCACCAGAAGAGGCCUGCGGCCUGUUCCCUGUGUGCCCGCUUUCCGGUGAAGCUCAAGCGGCUAGCACUGUCACUCGAGACCGAGGCUUCCGGUGGAGUCUGGUUUUCUGCACCAACCGAGCCAGUACAGUUCUGAAAUUUGUCACUUCUUCACUUUGACUCUUUCCGGGUCCGUUGGGCGCUUUUGUGGGAGUCGAGCGAAAGCCUUUCUGGUCGAAGGAACGCUUCUGGCGGCGGAGCGGCCUCCUGGUUUGUUUUGGGUCGCCAUGAAUCUUGAGUGAACAAUAACAAGAUCCGCGACAAGCCACUAGGCGGUCCACAAGCGAGGGACGCCUGCCGGUACCGGGCUCGGUAGCGGGCCCGGUCUUUUCCAAACGCCAACACGGCAGCGACUUUGGACUAUGGGAGCAUCGUUGGGCAACCGGAGCAAAGCGGGUCAUUUUCCCACCACAGAGCCCGGGCCGCCGUUGCUUUAGAGCUGUCGUGUUACAUUCAGGCUCCGCUCGACACACGAUGCUCAGUAGAACCUCAGCCCGAUUGAAGUACAGGAGGGCCCGCUUGUGAACUGUCUCGGCACCGAGGAUGGACUGAAUGUGACUAAACUGCACCAAGGAACUGUGAUUUUUUUUUCGGGGGGGGGGACCGGAUGUCUUCAAAGCCCCCGGAGUCAAUUUGCUCUUCGGUUGUGUUCGUGUGACACAUUUACUGCUUUUACUCGUUAGAGACAUCGGAACCGAGCGGUCCGGGGUCCCGGGCCAGGCCGCGGAGAUGAACCCGGUAAACGCUACGUCGCUGUUCGUGUCGGCGAGCCGCUCCGUGCUGCAAUGCGACCCCGGAGACCCCCGAGCCCUGGCCGAGCUGUGCAGGCUGCUGCCCUUCUUCCGGCAAUCUUUGUCCUGCCUGGUGUGCGGCAACCUGCUGCAGGACCCCAUCGCGCCCACCGACUCCUCGUGUCAGCAUUACGUGUGUCGCGCCUGCAAAGGUCAGAGGAUGCAGCUCAAGCCGUCCUGCAGCUGGUGUAAGGACUACUCCCGCUUCCAGGAGAACCGCCAGCUCUCCCUAUUGGUCCGCUGCUACAGGAAGCUGUGCCUCUACAUCACGCAGUCGCCGCUGGCCCCGCACAUUGCCAGCGCCGCCGGCGACUCGCCCGACCUGCAGGCCGUCCUCAACGAAGGCCUCAAGUUGGCCGAGAGCGAAGACCGCGACGUUUUGGAUGCUGGGAACUCACCUCAGACGGCUUCCGUGUCGCAGGAGGUGUCGCCCGAUGAAGCCCCGCCCCCUGGCCAGGUGAAAGGCGACGACGUGAGCCUGAACGGGCUUCAUGAUUGUAACGGUUUGAUUGCCUCGCUGCCGCCCGCCACAUUAGAGACACUAAGUCGAGGGGGUGUCAAGCAGGGGGGCUUUUCCGAGGCGCUCCCGGUUUGCGUCAGCGUCACGGCGACGGGGGAGGCGGGCCUUUGUGACAUCAGCACUUUUGGGGAGGACUUGAAACACGCUGGGGGUCCGCUGUUGUUGAGUGUUGAGGAGGUGCUUCGGACCUUGGAGACAGAUGGUGACCCCUCCCCGGAGCCCACCCACCAACUCGACGACCCCCUCAUACCUCUCUCUAACCUCAAUGGUCCUUGCUGUCCUGCUGACCUUCGACCCCUGCCGCUAGAAAACAGCCACCACCCCCUCCAGCCCUCAACUGUUGUCACCCGUUCGCCCCCUCGCUGCCACCGCAAGCGCUCUCGCUCGGAGAGUGACAGCGAGAAGGUGCAGCCCCUUCCCAUCUCCAGCCUUCUCCGGGGGCCCCCUCCCAAUAAUUCCCCCCUUCACCCCAACCUCAGCGCCCCCGUCAAACUGGAGCCCAAGUUCCCAGCUGCUGCGCCCCACCACCUGGCACCAGUGCCUAAUGGUGGCCCCCCCAAGGUUGGAAAGACUGUGCUUGUGAAGCCGCUGAAAAAGACUGCGGAGCACCAUGGCGUCCCCAAGAAGGCUCAUGCCAAGGCCAGGCAAGGUGCCCCCAAACCCCGGUCACAGCCCCGCGUACCCCCCCACCCUCACACUCACCCCCUUACUCACCCGCCCAGCCCCUCCAAGCCGCUAUACAAGAAGCCCGUGGAGAAGAAAGGCUGCAAGUGCGGGCGAGCCACCCAGAAUCCAUCGGUGCUGACCUGCAGGGGGCAGCGUUGUCCAUGCUAUUCCAACCGCAAGGCGUGUCAGGACUGCAUCUGCCGCGGCUGCCAGAACUCGUACAUGGCAAACGGCGAGAAGAAGCUGGAGGCCUUCGCCGUGCCCGAGAAGGCUCUGGAGCAGACGCGUCUCACGCUGGGCAUCAACCUCACCAGUAUCACCGCCGCCGCCCUCCGCAGCCCAGCCAACAGCUCACCCGGUAACACCCUCCUUAACGUGGCCACCGCCACCGGGGCCCCGGUCGCUGCCGCCGCCUUCUUAUCGGGGACGGGGCACGACAGCAGGGGGUUUGACGAUUCGCUGGAAAUGCACUUUGACUGUUGAGUGAAAGCCCCCACCCUGCCCCACCCCACCCC